AUGGAUCCUAUGGGAAGACGAAAUGCCCGAAUCUCAGUUCUGUUUUGGCGAUUGACUCUUGUUGCAUUGGUUCUAUUCUUGACUUUUUUCAUAUUGGUGGAUUUGACUGGAGAUGUGCCAAGGUUGUUUCAGACGAAUACGAAUGUAGCGACAAGUGGGGAAACUACUGAAUUUGCAAAACGUUUGCAGAUGUUUGAUGCAGAGUGUAAACUCCCUGAUGGCAGAUAUCUUCGUGACGGUGAGGUGAGCUGUCUUUACAUACAUAACGCUUUGGUGGAAUCAACAACCAGCAAUGUGUUUUUCUAUCUUCCUGAUAAUUUGCACUUACAAAACUACAAUAGGAUUUCAAAAGGUACUGAGUGGAGUUUUCCAUUGAAAGGACCUAACGUGUUCAAUUUACAGAUGCUUUAUCUGUUUCCUAUUUCAGUAGAAGAGGAAUGGAAGAAAUUAUUGGCAUCUACAAAAUAUGAGAAACCUUUGCUUUCACCGGGUUUGUUAAAGGAUUGUGAAAAUGCGAUGGAUCCAAAUUGUAGAACUGUACAUCGACCUCUUGCGGUGGUGGAGGUGUUGAUGCUUCACGCCUCUUUUCCUGNUGAGAUAAUGCCUCUGCAUGACUCGUGA